ACCCCGCCUCUACAACAGUGCUAUUCCAUUCUGUUCUUUCGUGUUGCGAUUCCGUACCCGUUAUAACAGUGCUCAAGGGAAUCAAUCAUGGUCGUCGAAGACUCGAAGAAAGGCGGCGACAAAGCCAAAUCUUCAGAAAAGGCAAAAAAUCGCAUGCGUGAAUUGAGAAUUCGUAAAUUAUGUUUGAAUAUUUGUGUUGGUGAAUCUGGUGACAAGCUUACCCGUGCUGCCAAGGUAUUGGAACAGUUGACUGGUCAACAGCCAGUGUUCUCCAAGGCUCGUUAUACUGUCAGAUCUUUCAGUAUUAGAAGAAAUGAAAAAAUUGCUGUCCACUGCACAGUCCGUGGUGCUAAGGCUGAAGAAAUCUUAGAACGUGGAUUAAAGGUACGUGAAUAUGAAUUAAGACGAGAAAACUUCUCAGACACUGGAAAUUUCGGUUUUGGUAUCCAAGAACAUAUUGAUUUGGGUAUUAAAUACGAUCCCAGUAUUGGUAUUUAUGGUUUGGACUUCUUCGUCGUUUUAGGACGUCAAGGUUUCAAUGUAGCUCACAGGCGAAGGAAACAAGGCAAAGUUGGUUACCAACAUAGACUUAACAAGGAAGACGCUAUGAAGUGGUUCCAAACUAAAUAUGAUGGUAUCAUUUUAGCUGGAAAGAAGAACUAAUAUUAAUUGCCUUGGUAAUCAAUGCAAAAAAAACUCCAAAAUAUACCUAAGUGUUGUUUUUCAAACAAA